AGCUUUUGUUGUCAUGGUGCGUGAAUUGAAUUCCAGAAAAUAAGAGCACAGAAAAUGACGACUCUUCACGUUCACGCAGAAUUACCAUAACAAUGUUGGGUGGGCUAAGCCCACAGCACAGACAGCGAGCCAGUCAUGCAGCCACGGACCCACAUCUGCAUACCAGCUCCAAACUGCUUUAAAACUUCACAAACAGUGUUUCCGCAGAGCAGUCACCUCAGUCUUUAACCAGACCAACGCUGAACAAUCGAGUGGAAUGUUCGGAUCACCAAGAUGGCUUCUAAUGACCACUUUAGUGUGGACCACCCUGGGGAUCCCCACCCUGGGGACUUAAUUGAAAUAUUCCGCCCUGCGUACCAACACUGGGCUCUCUACCUGGGAGACGGCUAUGUUAUAAACAUCUCACCACUAGAGGAAGGGCCACCAGCCUCGUUCAGUAGCGCCAAGUCCGUGUUCAGCAGGAAGGCCAUGGCAAAGAUGCAGCUGCUUAAAGAUGUGGUUGGACAAGACCCCUUCAAAAUCAACAACAAGUACGAUGACAGCCACAUCCCUCUCACCGUCGAGGAAAUCGUCAAGCGAGCAGAAUUCCUCAUCGGACAGGAAGUGUCUUACGAUUUGCUCGGGAACAACUGCGAGCAUUUUGUCACCUUGCUUCGUUACGGCGAGGGCGUCUCUGACCAGGCAAAUCGAGCCAUCAGCGUCAUCUCUUUUGUCACAGCUGCUGCCAGUGCCUUCUCAUUAGCUGGGCUGUUCCACAACAGGUCAAGGCAAAGAAAUUAUUGAAGCAUUCGCUGUAAAUUAUAACUGGUAAAAAAAUAAAUCAACAAAUUCA